AUGGCCCAAAUCAGAGGGACGGCAGGAUACCACUUGGGCUCGCAGCCUUCGUUUGGCGGUCCCGGACGACCAGAUGCCACCAACGAUCCCAGCCCGCUGGAUGCCAUCCGCGAACAGACCAGCAAGAUUGAAGACUGGCUCGACACCUUGUCGCAUCCCGUCAAGCCCUACAUCCCUGCCAUUGGCCGCUUCCUCAUCGUCGUGACCUUCCUCGAGGAUGCCUUGCGCAUCAUCACCCAAUGGAGCGACCAGCUCACCUACCUGCACGACUACAGACACAGUACGUUACUCCGCCGCUCUGUCCGAGAGCCCCGACUAACACACCACAACCANGUCCCCUCCGGCCUCACCCACCUGUUCCUCAUCGCCAACGUCAUCGCCAUGAGCGUCUCGUCCUUUAUGAUCAUCGUCCGCAAGCACAGCGAAUACGCCGUCAUGGGCCUCUUCGGCGUCGUCAUCACCCAAGCCCUCGGCUACGGCCUCAUCUUCGACCUCAACUUCUUCCUGCGUAACCUGUCGGUCAUGGGAGGUCUGCUGAUGGUCCUGUCCGACAGCUGGGUGCGCAAGCGCUUCGCCCCCGCCGGCCUACCUACUCUCGACGAAAAGGACCGCAAGAUGUACUUCCAGCUUGCUGGACGCGUCCUGCUCAUCUUCCUCUUUGUUGGCUUCGUCUUCGCUGGCGAGUGGAGCUUUGGAAGAGUCGUUGUGAUCUUGCUGGGUGCGGUUGCUUGUGUCAUGGUUGUUGUUGGCUUCAAGGCAAAGUGGAGUGCCGUCAUGCUUGUUGUCAUUCUCAGUGUCUUCAACUUGCUCGUCAACAACUUCUGGACUGACUUCGCUAAGUACGAUUUCUUCCAAAUCCUCUCGAUUGUCGGUGGUCUUCUCCUCUUGGUCAACAUGGGUCCCGGCCAGUUCAGUGUCGACGAGAAGAAGAAGGUUUACUAG